CGGCCAGGGGAGUUUUGCUACCGGGUCACGGUGGUGACAGAAAGUGGCGGGGAGAUGCCGGAGAUCGCAAUCCGACAUGUGGUGUCUGCCAGCAGCUCCGACCCGACGCACUGUGCUGAGAACCUGCUUAAGGCCGACACCUAUCGCAAGUGGAAGGCUGCGCAGGCUGGGGAGAAGCACAUCUCUGCCAUACUACAGUUUGAAAAAGAGGAGCAUAUUCACAGCAUCGACAUUGGCAAUGAAGGCUCCGCAUUUGUUGAAGUAUUGGCUGGCAGCUCUGCCUCCUCCAGUGAGCAGAACUAUGAGGUGCUGCUGGUCACAUCCUCCUUCAUGUCCCCCUCGGAGAGCAAGAGUGGCACCAACCUCAACAGGGUUCGUAUGUUUGGACCAGAUAAGCUUGUGAAGGCCACAGCUGAGAGAAAGUGGGACCGGGUGAAAAUCAUCUGUACCCAGCCCUAUACCAAGUCCUUGACUUAUGGCCUCUCCUUUGUGAGAUUCCACUCUCCUCCAGAAAAUGACGAGGUUCAUUCCAAAACCGCUUCGCCAAAGCUCACCAAGCUGGGGCAGUUCAAGGUCAAGGAAGACGACAACGACUCCCUGAAACCCGGCGCGCUUUUCUUCAGCCGUGCCAGCAAACCCCUCGUCUCUCCACCUAAAGCCUCUCAGAACAACCAGCCCUCACCCAGUUAUGCUGCUGCCUCGUUGCAAACCAGCGUGUCCAGUUCCCCCGAUCCUUCGCCAUCAGCCGCCGAAAAACCCACCACCAAAGCCUCUCCCAAGGAGCCCACGCCGGUCAAGAGGAAGUUUGAAUUCAGCAAGGAAAAUUCUGGUCUCUCAUCUGCAGCCAAUAAACCCCAGCCCGAUACUGCCCGCCCUGCACAGCCAGCCUCCAAGAAACUCAAAGCUUCUCCUUCAGCACUACCUUCCCCAAAGACACCACCUUCCAAAAAGCUUCCACAAACUCAGCCUUCAGAGGGGACAGCAAACGUGUCUUUCCAGCGUCUCCUGCAGGGAACUGUGUUCGUGUUGAGUGGCUUCCAGAAUCCAUUCCGCUCUGAGCUGCGGGACAAAGCCCUAGAGAUGGGUGCAAAGUACCGACCAGACUGGACCCCUGACAGCACUCACCUCAUCUGUGCCUUUGCCAACACGCCCAAGUACAGCCAAGUGAAAGGGCUCGGGGGCACGAUUGUGCGGAAGGAGUGGAUCCUGGACUGUUACCGCACAAAGCGGUGCCUUCCCUGCAAGCGCUACCUGAUGGUAAGCCCAGAAUCUUCCAGCAGUGAGAAGGAGGAGGAGAGCGACGAAGACACCCCUGCCCGACACCACAAACCCCUUGCACAUCCGCAGAGAGCUGACGUGCCCAGCUCCAACCACAAGCCCAAGACCCUUGCCAGCCCCAAAGCUGUACCCAGGGCACCGAAGAGGGCAUCCUCUGAAGAAGAGGAGGAGCCCACUACCUCUCGGAGCAGCGGCAUCCAUAACAACUCGCAGGCCCCAGCAGCCGACUCUGGAGCGUCCAGCAGUGACGAGGAUCCCAGAGGUGCUCGAGACAAUGGAGAUGAGGGCUCUGGUGACACUGAUGAUGAGCUGAGGAGAGUGGAAGAGGAGCACCGCAAAAAGCAACAAGGGGGGCGGAGGGUGGUCCCGGAGCCAGACGACGAUCCGUAUGGUGGCUCCACAGAUGAGAAUACGGAUGUCGAAGAAAAAGAGGAACCAGAUCAGCCCAUCCCAGAGCUACCAGAUUUAUUCGUGGGCAAACACUUCUUCCUUUAUGGCGAAUUCCCUUCUCAAGAGCGACGCCUCUUGAACCGGUACAUUGUGGCUUUUAACGGGCAAGUGGAGGACUAUAUGAAUGAGCGAGUGAAUUAUGUGAUCACAGCUCAAGAGUGGGACGACACAUUUGAGGAGGCUCUGAACGAGAAUGCCAACCUCUCCUUUGUGCGCCCCCGCUGGAUCUACAACUGCAACCAGCGGCAGAAGCUGAUCCCCCACCAGCCCUAUGUUGUGGUACCACGAGUGUAGGCCAGCCUCCUCCCUGCAGGCACGUCCCUGUGGGUCCUGUAUACUCCCUCUGGAGCAAACAGCUCUCCUUCUCCUUGGGGCCACUUGACACCAUGCUAUCUCUCACUUGUUUUCCACUGGGACGUUCCUUCCUCUCAAGGGCCUUGUCCAGCAGCCCUGUUUCUACACUCACACACAGACGCAGCUGGGAUUUUGAGGGCCUUUUUUUCUACUAUUGCUUGCUCCAGCAGUAGCUACCCCAGCUCACAUGGGACACGAUUUCAUUUUCAGAAAUAACUCGAGCUGCUCUGGAGAAGUCAGUGUAGAAAGCCUCCAUGGUGCACAGUGGCAGUGGUGAGCUGCUCUGGAUUGGGGCUAGUGUCAACUCUCUCAAGGGCUUAAUAAGUGGAGUGGGAACUUAGUUUGGACUAAUAAGGGGCGAGGGUGCAACUGGGAAAGCAAGAUGCAUCCUUCAAACAAUCCUUUUAUUUUUGGGACCCUCUCCUGACCCUGGUUCUCCUUUCAUUCUUUUUCUUUCUCGCUUUUUCCCCUCCCCCCCAUCACUUCCUAGGAGGCUCUGUGUGUUCUUGCCAGUCAGUAAACUUUACUCUAUCUCUCUGUCUUUAUAUGUAUAUAGCUGAGGACACUGGCCAUUUCAAGGUGGAUAUUCUGACACAAACGUUGUCCUUAGAACGGAGGCACCUGUCCCUCUAUACAAGCUCUGCCUUGCUCCCAGUUUUACAGGAGUUGAUGUUUGCCUCCUGCUCCUUGACCCCUUUUCAUUUUGUGACUAAGGCCACCCCAUCACAAGCUUCCAUUUUUUGCAGACGAAAUUUGUUCCUCCAUCUGCAGAUUCAGCAAACCUGAGCAUAUGAACCAUCAGUGGUAUGCUGGCCUGACCAUGGGGCAAAUCCAAGCCCGUUUUUAGAAUUCAGGAAUUAACCACUCACAAGUGUGCAUUACUAUGUUGGUUGACAUUCUGCUCACCUGCAUUUCUACGACCACCUCUGGAAAAUCAUGUUCAAAUGAGGCCCGCAGUGUAAUAUCCAGUCCCUGAGUUCACAUUCCUUUUUAAGCUCAGCGUACUUGCGCUGUCUUACACAGCUCCGUUAUAAGCAUGUGGUAUUUGGAGUAGACGCCCUACGGUGACCGAGCAUAGAAUCCUAAGUGGCAUGCUUGGGCCAGGUACAGAGAUGUUUUAAUGCUAAGCGUUCUCACACACAACCGCUUUAAACAGUGUUCAGGGUUGCUAUUGGGAGAAACACUAUGACUGUUAAAAUCAUACUAAGUUUUAUAUUGCAGCUCUUACGGCCCAAGCCUCAGAUUUCUCCUAUAGGAAGCAAAAAAAGCAGCUGGAGUUAAUUGUCUUAUGAUUUGAUUCAUUUCAGCAGGGUGUUGUCAGUUCCACUCUUUACUUUUUACCCUGGGCAAAGAACUCUCUUCAGAUUUCGCUGGAAGGGAAACAGCAGAAAAACCCACCCUUUAGUUCAGCUUCCCGGUGAGCUUUUUUUCGGGGGGGGGUAGUAGUGUUCAGCCCCAGACCCUACCAAAAUUGCAUGUUCCUUCCUGCUUUUCCCUGGCUGUGAACUGGACUGAGAGGCCUUGAAUAAUCUACCUCGUUUUUACAGCCCAUCUCUUCCCCCACAUCAUUGGUGCUGCCCUCAGCGCUGGGGAUCAAGCCAGCAACUCUUCUCUGUCCUUACGUUCAUGGAUAAACUACAGUAAAUAAGCUGAUUGCUCACAGGAGCUUCCCAGCUUCAGGAAAGGGCUGCAAAUGGCCCAUUUCUAUGGACUCUACUCUUUGGCCCCAGUGUAUAGAACAUCUCCAAUACAGAGGUUCUCC